AUGUCCUUCCUGAAUUUGGGGGGCCCAGGGCUGUUCCAGGGCUGUCCCGGGGUGACCGUGACAAUCCCGCUGCCCCUCCCAGACGUGGUCCCGAAGCCCACGGUGAGGGUCACGGUGACCCAGGACGAUGACCAGCAGUGCAACGCCACCCUCGAGUGCUCCGUGGGGCUCCCGGAGGUCACCUACGAGUGGAUCCCCCCCCGGCAGGUCCUGCUGGAGGGCGUGGGGGGCCCCGUCCAGAAGGUCUCCUUCAACCCCUCGGAGGGGACCUACGUGUGCAAGGUCAGCAAUCCCGCCUCCUCCAACAGCGCCUCGCUGACCUACAGGCACCCCUGCUCCUGGACAGGUGAAUCCUCCACUGCCUCCUCCUGCACGGCCACGGGCGGGCUGCUGGUCCUGGGACACCUCCUGCUCCUCUUCCUCCACCUCGCUCUGGCUUGAGGACCCUGCAGUUCACCUCUGUCCUCACUCCCCCAGCAUCGGGAUGAGGCUCCUGGAUCUCCCAGGAGCACAGAGGUUGUGGUGGUGGCUCAAGGGAACGAUUCCAAUCCUUCAAUCACUGGGAAAUCCUCCUCCUCCUCUCCCUCUCCCCGAGGCCGGUGGGGCCACCCAGGAGCCUUUCCUGGGGAUUUUGGGCAUCCUGCAUUUUUCCAGGACCAUCUCAAGGGGGCAGAGCCGGGGUGGUGGCACCUCUGGCUUUCCCUCUGCGUGUCCUCCCUGCUUUGAGGACCUUCACAAACACCCGUUUACACAUUAAAUUCUUACCUGAACACCACAUUU